UUAAUUGUAUUUAACAUUUUUAUAAAAACAUUUUGACUUUUUACAUAAUGAAAAAUAGUUACUACAAGUAUGAAACUAUACAUGCAGAGAUGGUUCAAUAGGAACUUAGUUAAACAUUUAGGAGGGUUGUUCGGAAAGUUUUGAGACAAUAUGAUUUUCUCUGUUUCUAAUUACAGAUGCGAAUAUUAUUUAAUACAAAUUAUAGCUUAAUAUGUUAUUUAUCCGAGUUAUCUCUUUAAAACGUUGUAACGUUACUAUACGGCAUAUAAUCGUUUCCAUAGCAACACCUGUCUACGCAUCCUGGCGCACGGACUAUUUUCUUGUUAUAAGUUUUCUUACUGAAUAAAAAGAGCCCCUAAAAUUGCGCCAAACGUCACGAAAAUUUUAUGACGUCACUUCCAACUUAAGGACGUCAUUUCCGCUAGUUGUUUAAGCCGUUACCGCAGAUCAUUAUAGCAAUACGUGCGCGACAAGACAACGGCUAUGGAAACACCGUCAAAAGAGGAACAGCGUGUUUUUAUUAAGUUUUGCGUUAAUCUUGGGAAAACGCCAACAGAAACUAAGCAACUUCUAGAACAGGCAAACAACGGACGUACUGUUAGUCGACCAUUGGUAUUUAGAUGGCAUAAAGAGUUUCGAGAUGGCAGAACGUCAACAAAAGACAAGGAAAGGAGCGGUCGCCCAUCCGUCAUCGACGAUAAACUGACACUUGCAAGAAAAGCGCUUCAGUGCGACCGUCGCAUAACAGUAAGAGAAGUUGCAGAAGUUUGUGAUGUAGGUACGGCAACUGCUCACAAAAUGUUAACUGAGACACUUGCAAUGUCUAGGGUUUCGAUGUACGUUGUGAAGGAAGAUACUUUGAAAAGGAGUAGCAGUUGACUUUUCUACGGUGACGUUAAACUUUGGAAAUAACGGCAACGUCGGAUAACGUCGUUGCGUGCGCCGGGUCACCGGUAGUGUCUGUGCCUAACGCUUUGUAGCUUUUGUAUACAUGAAGCUAUUCUUAUGAAAUUUUACACUAUAAUAGAUGAGGUAUUAAAGUAAUACAUAGUAAACUCUUGUUUGAUUUUAUCUUUUCCAACGCUAAAUAUUGACCCAAUCUCAAAACUUUCCGAACAACCCUCGUAGUUACAUCAUCAACAAGUACACUUGAUGUCUUUCAUUUAAAGUUACAAAAUACAAAGGUAUAGUUGACUGUAUAAGCUUAUUGAGAAUUCAAAAGUUUUAUGAAAUAUUUAAGAAUUGAAUCAGCAUGCCUACUAUAAUACUUCAAUUAUUGUUCUGGUAAGUAACAAUUUUGAAAAACUAGUAAGUACAAAUUAACCUAGUCUAUCGCACUGAUUAUCAAUAUAAAUAUUCCUUUCAUUAUUCCUAUCAGGGUAUAUAGCAUUAUAUAAAUUGAUUGUUUUGCAAUGCAGCCUUUGUCUGGCGGCUCAGUUUAUAUUUACAAACAAUCAUUUAUAGAAGGCCUGCCUAUAUUAUAAUAUAUACAAUGUACUCUGAAAAAAUAAUAACUAAU